AAAGCUGUAGCACAAACAUUGAAUUGCAUUCAUUUCACCUUAUACCUUCAUUAAGAAUUUUUCAUUCAUAUUACAUCGAUUUGGGCAUAUUUCUCAUUGCAGUAUUUCAUGAAGAGUGUGUAUUUGUCACUAGUGACGUCAUCAGCCGAAAAAGCAAAAAAAUGUACAACGCAGAUAACCAGAAUCAUAAUAAAGAUGCGGUGGCGGGUCCAUCAAGCGACGAAUCCCCGCCGAAAAUAUUCAAUUUGACCAUCGAUUGUUUCGACGAAAUAUUUGAAUAUUUGAACGUGAAAGACCUGUAUUCAUUCGGUCAAACAUGCAAGCGAAUGAACAAAGUGGCCGGCGAAUAUUUCAAACAAAAUUAUUCAUCGGCUGAGAAAUUCUGCAAACAUGAUGAAAUAUACACAUACAUAGUUUUUUCGGUCAAAGAUAGUGUUGUAAAUGAACGCAUUCAAAUAUCUGGUUUCAAUAAGUUCAUGCCGUGCAUUUCAGUUGGUUAUCAUAAAUAUAAUAAAUUCCAUAUAAAUGCGUUUGAGUCAACUAAACACAUCUAUCUUGCGAGUAUCAUAAUUAAUAAAGAAAAAGUUGAGCUUUUUAAACAACUGUUGCCCCAACUUGAAAUUGUUCAACAGCAAUGUUGUAGCGUUGAUGGUGACUUAUACGAUUUAAUAUUGAAAAAAUGUGAGAAUUUAAGAGAGAUUUAUAUUCAAAAUUGGGCUCUCGGUAAUCGAAUAAAUGGGAACUUUAAUUGGUUAUUACAAGAAUAUCCAAAGCUUGAACGUUUAGAAUGGAUGCCUCCCAAAUCUUGUCAAAUUGAAGAGCUGCGUAAAUUUUUCGUACGCAAUCCAAAUGUACAGAGAUUUUCAACUACCUCAGAAUUUUGGUGGUACAAUCGUAACAUAUUUUUGAGUUCGAAUAUAAAAUUGGAUAUAUUGGAACUCAAAGAAUUUGAUUUUUAUUGUACCAAGACGUCGAAAAUUCCCUUGGACUCAUUAAAUCAACUCCAUGAACAAGGUUUUUAUAAGCGAUUAUACAUAUACGUCGAUAGAGUUGACGAAGAGUUCAGCACCUUAUUAGCCUCACUCAAAGGUCUCGAGUUAUUGUGCAUUCGACGAUUAAACGAGAGUUAUAAUUUAACUCAAUUGACCAAUCUGAGAGAAUUAAUUAUUUUGGCUGGAGCGAAAGCCAAGUAUAUGGAGAUCUUAGCAAAUGGCCUGACGAAACUCGAACGUUUUUACAUUGAUAGAGCUAGCAUUGAGGACAUUAUGCCAUUCAUUCGUCGAUCACCGAAACUGAACAAAAUCAAAUUCAUACCUCUUUUUUUCCCGAUUGGUGAAGCUUUGAAUUUAACAAUGUUGAAUGCAGAACGUGCCAAGUUAGCUGGAGCACGAAAAAUAACAAUUUAUACACGUGAUGAUGUCUUCUUGGCUACUAAAUGGACGACCAGAAAUGGUGACACCAAUUUGAGCUUCAUCGAAAUGAGACGAUCGGAUUCGUAUGAAUGGAAUCCUUAUUUUUAAACAUAAUCUUUUUGCAAAAGAAAUUUUAUUAUUCAUUUUUUAAUCAUUAAUCAGAUCAAUAUGCUAAUUAAAUUUAGAAUCUUUUCAGAUUCAUUUAAAAAAAUAAAGAGCUAGAGAAGUUUGUCUUUGUCUUAUAAUUUA